AUGGCUGAAAUUGAAGUUCCUCAGUAUUUCAUCUGCCCUAUAUCUCUUCAAAUCAUGAAAGACCCGGUAACCACUAUGACUGGCAUCACAUAUGACCGAGAAAGCAUUGAGCAAUGGUUAUUCAUCAACGAAAACACCACAUGCCCAAUCACAAGACAGCAUCUCCCUAAAGACUCUGACUUAACCCCAAAUCACACCCUUCUCCGUCUAAUCCAAGCUUGGUGCACUCAAAAUGGUGUUCAUAGGUUUCCCACCCCCAAGUCAUCACUUAACAAGUUUCAAGUCCUCAAGAUUCUCAAAGACCUCAAGGACCCCAACUUGCAACUUAUGAAGAUCAUGGAGUUGAAGUUCCUAGCAUCUCAGAAUGAGAGAAAUAAAAAGUGUUUACUUCAAGCUGGUGUAUCAAAUGCCAUGAUCCUAUUCUUGUUGACUUGUUUCAGAAAAGGGCAAUUUGAUAAGGGUGUAGAAGAAGCCCUUAGUUUAUUGGAGCUUUUUGAUGUGCCAGAAGAGAAAAUAAAGGUUCUUCUAGAGGAAAACGAUCAGAUAUUGGAUAACCUAACGUGGGUUUUGGGCUGUGAGGUGGAAAAAUAUUCAGUUGCUGUGAAGUCCCAUGCAGUGAUGUUACUCAACACAAUCGUGCAAAAAGCUAGCUCGAAAGUAAUGGAGAGACUGAAACCUCAAAUGUUUGAAACAAUUGUGAAGAUUUUAAGAUGUGGAACAACCCAACAAGGAAUGAAAACUGCUCUUCAUGUCAUGGUAAAGGCGUGCCACUGGGGGAGAAAUAGGGUCUUGAUGGUUGAAAGUGGUGCGGUUUUUGAGCUGAUAGAGAUUGAGUUGUUGGGGACACGUGAAAAGAGCACCACGGAACUGACCAUGGAGAUACUGUUUCAUCUGUGUUCUUGUGCUGACGGAAGAGCUCAGUUUGUGAAUCACAAAGGUGCCAUUGCUUUGUUGACGGAGCGAAUCUUCACGGUUUCGAAAGCGGUGGAUGGCAGAAUCGUGCUUAUUCUUUCAUUGGUGUUGUCUACGUUCUCUGCCACACGUGCGGUAGUUGAGGAAAUGGCGGAGCUUGGAACUGUGUCGAAGCUUUGUAGGUUGGUUCAUCAUAGUGAUGAUCAUGGCACGUAUCUGAAAGACAAAGCAAGGGAAAUUCUCGGGUCUCAUGCUAACGUUUGGAAAUAUUCUCCUUGCAUUUCUGAUCAUGUGAUUAGAACUUUUACAAGAAGUUAA